AUGCCUGGACCAUGGAAGAUACCUUUACAGUGGGUGGUUGGAGCCGCUGCGGGGUACUGCACUGUAUUCCUGUACAACCUCAAUCUUGCGACGACGACUACUACUUCCAUCUCGGUCGGGACGAACCAGACUCUCAGCUGGAAUGUCUCACCGGGUGAAUGCUCGAAUGGUGCAGACGAGAACAAGUCUGAGACGAGACGGCAUGACAACCUCUUACCAUUCCUCCGGGACAUUGUCGACCAUGGCGAGCUCCCAGCCGUUGCCGCAUUUACUGGAAAAGAUCACAGCUCUUUCUAUGGUGCGUCCGCAGGACGCCGACGCCGGUGGUCGAGGGCAGAGGCCAGUGUAUUCGACUUCUGGCAUCUCGGAUCCAACACCAAGUCCAUGACCGCCAUGAUCCUGGCCAUGCUCAUCCAAGAUAACCUUUUGUCGUGGAACUCCACGCUGGGCGACCUUCUAGCCGACUACACCAUGCUCCCACAGUACGCACCCAUCACAGUCUCCGACCUAACGACCCACCACAGCGGUCUCACCGACGAGCAUCUCACAGCCCUUUUCGCGCAGUUAUACAGCUGGAGCGCCGCCGACGGCCGCACCAGGCUCUCUGCCGCCACGCUGAACCAGCCUUCAAGCUCAACACGCGGCACAUUCUCCUACGCCAACAUCAACUACAUCAUCGCAGGUCUUCUCAUCGACCGCCUCACCGGCUCCCCUGCCGAAGACGCCUUCGCCAACCGCCUGUUCUCUCCGCUCGCACUCUCCGACGCCGGUUUCGGGCCCCUACCGGAAGCCUCGACCUUCUCGGUCUGCAGUCCCUGGCCUCACAUCGCUGUCGCUUGGCCCGUUGCAACCUUCCUGGGACGAGGACGAGCAGGAGGCGUCGUUCCCUACUUCAGCUCGCUUCGCUACCGCGAUAAUCCACCGGCGCUUAAUACCGCGGGCCGCGUCCACAUGCGCAUGUGGCAGUAUGGCCUCUACCUCGCCGCUGCGCUGCAGGGCGCGAGGGGCCAGGCAAUACCGCAGCUGAAUAUCUCGGCUGAGAGUGCGGCGCUGCUUAAUAUCGUGCAUGGCGAGGCUGAUGGGGAGGGUUGUAGGCGCACGUUUGGAGGGUGGCGGCGGUGUGAGGAUGAAAGUCAUGGUGAUAGUGAUGGUGUGGGCGAUGGAGAUCGUGGAGAGGGCAAGUUUGUGCUGAUGCAUGAUGGGAGCAAUACGAAGUAUUACGUGCAUGCAGCGGUUGACGUGGGAAAGAGGAGGACGUAUACGGCAUUCACGAAUCGAGGGGAUGAUGUGGCGAUGGAGUUGGUGAGGGGCAUUGUGAAGUGGAUGAGGGAUGGGAUGGGAGUGCAUGGUCAUGGCCGCGGUGAUGAUGGUGAUCGUCAUUAUGAAGUGGAGGGCUUGGAGGAGGCGGAGGGGUUGACGGAAGAGCUUUGA